AUGCCGCUCCGAGUCAACAUCCCCCCUGCUACUCGUUUCUUUCUUGUCAGCCUCCUCGCCCUCUCCUUACUCUAUAACAUUGCCAGAUGGCGUGAACUGGACUACUCCGCCGGCGGCGUCCAAGUCACCCCAAUUAUUCCCUACCUGACUCUCGUUCCUUCUCGUUUCUUCUUCUAUCCCUGGACACUCGCCACCGCUACCUUGGUCGAGCAGAACAUCUUCACUGUGCUUCUGAAUGCCGCCACCAUCUUCUACGGAGGCAAGUACCUCGAACGUGCGUGGGGGUCCCGCGAAUUCAGCAAGUUUAUUGUCGCCGUAACCGUGAUCCCCAAUGUCGCGAUCAUUCCAAUUUACCUCAUCUGGGGAACCGUACCAGGCCAAGAUACCCGAAGCUUAACCCAGAUCUGCGGUGGUGUCUCCAUCCAGGCUUCCUUCCUCGUCGCAUUCAAACAGCUAGUCCCUGAACACACCGUUGCGAUCUUCAAAGGAAUCAUAAAAAUGCGCGUCAAGCAUUUCCCGGCCUUGUUCCUGCUGCUCAACACCCUCAGCGGUAUCCUCAUCGGAACGGACACGGCUGCUAUCUUGGCGUGGCUAGGUCUCCUGACUAGCUGGACAUACCUUAGAUUCUAUAAGCAACAGCCCGAUCUGACUGGAACUUCAACUAGUGGUCUUGGUAUCAAGGGCGAUGCUAGUGAGACCUUCGCCUUCGCCUGCCUUUUCCCCGAUGUGAUGCAACCCCCGAUCGCCUUUGUCGCCGACCAAAUUUACACAUUAUUGGUGACAGUCCAUAUCUUGAAACCAUUCUCCGAGGAUGAUAUCGCAUCUGGCAACCAGCAAGUUCUGGCUAGAGGGGAGGCCGGCUUGCCAACUCUCCUUAGCAGCCACCGCGGAGGAAGUGCAGGAGGAUCCCGGGGUAAGCGCGAGGAGGCAGAUCGCCGCCGUGCUUUGGCCCUCAAGGCGCUAGACCAAAGGCUACAGACUGCUUCUGCGGGUCGCGUACAUGCUGGGCCCUCGACACUGAUGGAUCCUAACGCAAAUGCAUCAUCUCCGAACCCGUCCGCCCAUACUGGGCAGGCUAUGCUUGGGGGAACCACUUACAAUCCGGAUAACGCAUAG